CUUCGCCGUUUACUUCCUGCUGCUUUGACCAUGGCGGCUCGCGGCGUGGGGCUUUUGACCCGUUUGCCCCUGCGUUCCCAGCGAAGGAGCCGAGUGCAGCGUUCUGUUUCCAGGCCCCUCAGUUGUCCCGGGACUGUGGCCGCGAACUUCGGGAACGAAGAGCAGCCUUCGGGGGGCGCGGAGACAGGCUCUGAAGACCAGACCCUCAAAAGGAGAUUCUCUGAGGUGCAGAAGGAGAGAAGAGAACAGGCUCAGCGGACUGUUUUGAUACAUUGCCCAAAUAAUAUCAAUGAGAAAAAGUUUCUCAAGUAUUUAUCCCAGCAUGGACCAAUUAAUAAUCAUUUCUUCUAUGAGAGCUUUGGUCUCUAUGCUGUUGUAGAAUUUUGCCAAAAAGACAGUGUAAACUCAUUGCAGAAUGGAACGCAUACUCCAAACCAGAGAACAGAGCCUGCAAUUCCAUUUAAGUCACGUUUCUUGAACUUAAAGCUCAAGAAUCCAUCUAACCAGAUACCUGAACAGUCAUAUGCACAGACAAACAACCAGUCACCUCCUUCAAGCAAGAAACUCUUUGAAUUACUGAAUUAUGCAGAAAGUGUGGACGAUCAGCUGAACACGCUCCUGAAGGCCUUCCAGCUCACAGAGGAGAAUGUCAGGCUCCGCCAUCUCACCUGCUCCCUCAUUGAGGACAUAGCUGCUGCGUAUUUUCCCGGCUGCGUUGUUCGGCCCUUCGGCUCCUCAGUGAACACAUUUGGCAAAUUAGGAUGUGAUUUGGACAUGUUUUUAGAUCUAGAUGAAGUUGGAAAACUCAAUGUUCACAAGGAUGUCGGAAAUUUUUCAAUGGAAUUUCAAGUGAAAAAUGUCCCUUCAGAAAGGAUUGCAACUCAGAAGAUCCUAUCUGUAAUAGGAGAGUGCCUUGACAAUUUUGGCCCUGGCUGUGUGGGUGUUCAGAAAAUACUAAAUGCGCGAUGUCCGCUUGUAAGAUUCUCCCAUCAGGCCUCUGGAUUUCAGUGUGAUUUGACCACUAACAAUAGUAUUGCUUUGAAAAGUUCCGAACUCCUUUAUAUAUAUGGCUCCCUGGAUUCAAGAGUAAGAGCCUUGGUGUUCACUGUGCGAUGCUGGGCUCGAGCACAUUCGUUAACAAGCAGUAUUCCUGGUGCGUGGAUUACAAACUUCUCCCUAACAGUGAUGGUCAUCUUUUUCCUCCAGAGAAGAUCUCCCCCUAUUCUUCCAACUCUGGAUUCCCUAAAAUCCCUAGCAGGGGCUGAAGAUAGAUGUAUCCUAGAUGGGAACAAUUGUACAUUUAUCCGGGAUGUGUACAAAAUUAAACCUUCAAGAAACACAGAAACGUUAGAAUUACUACUGAAGGAAUUUUUUGAGUAUUUUGGCAAUUUCGCUUUCAAUAAAAACUCCAUAAAUAUUCGACAGGGAAGGGAGCAGAACAAGCCCGACUCCUCUCCUCUGUACAUCCAGAACCCUUUUGAGACGUCUCUCAACAUAAGCAAGAAUGUGAGUCAGAGCCAGCUGCAGAAAUUUGUGGAUUUGGCUAGGGACAGUGCGUGGAUCUUGGAACAGGAAGAUAAGGCUCAGCCUUCCCCUUCAAGUAAGCAGCCCUGGGGGCUGGCUGCCCUCCUGCUGCCGCCUGGGGCGGUCCACACAUUGCUCUCCAAGAAGAGGAAAAAGCCAGUGAGCGAGAAGGUCAAAAGCUUGUUAGCAUCCAUAAAAAGUAGCACUGCAGACACUUCCAAGGGCACCCGUGGAAAAAGAGCAUUCAGUACGCAGGCGUGAUGGCGACCACUUUGGACUUCGGGAAGAGCUGCUGGGAAACUUUGACAGGCCUUAACUUUCAUCCAAUAUCUUUGUCACCAUCCCAUCACCCUUUUAUUUGAUCUGAAGGAUUUUUUUUUUUUCCGAUCAGGUGGAGUUUUAUUAAAAUAUCAGUGGCAAAGAAUAUGUAAAGACAUAUAUGAACUCUGCAAAGUGAAUGGUAAAAAUCAAUUUUAUCAGCAAAACAGUUGGUAGUUCUGUCAGUCUCUAGUUGGAAAUCAUUUUAAAAUACUUCUAGUUGUCUCCACGUAUAGGUGAGGAAUGCAAUAAAGCUCCGAAAUUUGGUAAUA